AACAACCGCUCCACCACUCCACCGAGUUCCCUUUGCCAUUGAGCAGUACCAACACAAAUGGCACUCGACAUCCUCGAUCUCGUCAUUGUAUGCGUCGUAGGUCUCGCCACCCUCGCGUACUUCACCAAAGGCACGCUCUGGGCAAAACCCAAGGCGGCCAAGACAUACGGUAAUGGCACAGCCGCGACUCCAUAUGCGGGCGGUGCGAAGAAGGCGAAGAGAACGAGGAAUAUCGUGGAGAAGAUGGAGCAGUCUGACAAGAACGUCGUCGUCUUCUACGGCUCCCAAACCGGAACCGCGGAGGAUUAUGCGUCUAGGUUGGCGAAAGAGGGACAUGCGCGCUUCGGACUGAAGACCAUGACUGCCGACUUGGAGGAUUAUGAUAUCGAGUACCUUGACACUUUCCCGGAGGAGAAGUUGGCGAUUUUCGUGUUGGCGACGUAUGGGGAGGGCGAGCCGACUGAUAACGCGGUGGAGUUUUAUAAUUUCGUGAGGGAUGAGAGCUCUGCUUUCUCCGAGGGUGGGUCAGCAGACGAAAAGCCUUUGCAGAAGAUGAAAUAUGUUGCGUUUGGGUUGGGGAAUAGGACGUAUGAGCAUUACAACGCCAUGGUCCGUCAAGUCGACGAGGCUCUCACCCGUCUUGGAGCCAAGCGUAUCGGUAUGGCUGGAGAGGGUGAUGAUGGUGAUGGUACCAUGGAAGAGGACUUUCUCGGGUGGAAAGAUGGGAUGUGGGAGGCCGUCGCCGCUGAGCUUGGGUUGGAGGAGCAUGAGGCGUUGUAUGAGCCCACUCUGCAGGUCACUGAGCAGCCUACAUUGAGUGUCGCUGACGAUACCGUUUAUGUCGGUGAGCCUAGCAAGCAUCAUUUGGGUUCGAAGCAUGUUGGACCGUAUAAUGCGCACAACCCCUACGUGGCUGCUAUCACGACUUCGAAGGAGUUGUUCAAGACGAAGGAUAGGAACUGUUUGCAUAUGGAGAUUGACUUGGGUGAGUCGGGGUUGAAGUACACUACUGGUGACCAUAUCGCCGUGUGGCCUACCAAUGCUGAUCAGGAGGUCGAUCGUUUCUUGGCUGUACUUGGAUUGACUGAGAGGCGUCACACCGUUAUCUCCGUGACUGCUUUGGACUCUACCACCAAGAUCCCUCUCCCGUCUCCUUCUACCUACGACGCUAUCCCGAGAUAUUACCUUGAGAUCUGCGCACCUGUCUCUCGUCAGUUCUUGUCUACCCUCGCUCAGUUCGCUCCCACCGAACAGGCAAAGGCUGCUCUCGUCAAGCUUGGAUCCGACAAGGAGUACUUCAAAUCUCGUGUCGCUGACCGUUACUGCAACAUUGCUCAGGUUAUGGAGAUGGUCGCUCGUGGCCACACUUGGGCCAGCGUUCCCUUCUCCCUCUGGAUCGAGAACUUGGUUCAUCUCCAGCCUCGAUUCUACUCUAUCUCCUCUUCUUCUUUGCUUUCUCCUCGCACAAUCAGCAUCACUGCAGUCGUGGAGCGCAAGGCUCCUAUGAGUGUUUCGGGUCCUGACCACGAGAGUAUGUUACACGGUGUCACGACCAACUACCUCCUCGCCCUCAAGCGCAGGCAGCACGGUGACGAGCAGCCUGAGUUGAACGGAAAGACUUACGCCAUCACUGGCCCGCGUAACAAGUACGACGGCAUUCACGUCCCCGUACACACCCGUCAUUCAAACUUCAAACUUCCCAUGGACACCUCUAAGCCCGUCAUCAUGAUUGGUCCUGGUACCGGUGUCGCUCCCUUCCGCGGCUUCGUCGCUGAGCGCGCUCACCAGGCUUCGGCUUUGGGCAAGACGGUCGGAAAGACUGUUCUCUUCUACGGAUGCAGAAGACGUGAUGAGGACUUCAUGUACGAGGACGAGUGGCCCGAGUACCAGAAAGCCCUCGGCGACAGCUUCGAGAUGAUCACUGCUUUCUCGCGUGAGGACGCUACCAAGAAGACAUACGUCCAGCACCUCUUGUGGGAAAAGGCUGAGGAAGUCGAUGCGUUGUUGAAGCAGGGUGCGUACUUGUACGUCUGCGGUGACGCUGCGCAUAUGGCACGAGAUGUUCAGGCAACGCUCGUGAGGAUCUUUGAGAAGUGUAGGGGUUUGGAGACGAAGAAGGCUGAGGAUUUGGUUAAGCAGAUGAGGAAUGGCGCCAAGUACCAGGAGGAUGUCUGGUCGUAAGCUACGACAGAGGGUUAUACAGGCGGGGAUGGGGGUGC